AUGGCCAUCAUUUUGCUUCACAUGUUCUGGGGCAUUGUUUUCUUUGAUGCCUGUGAGAAGCAGCGGUGGGCGGUGGGAGCCGUUGUCAUCAGUCACCUCUUGGUCUCCUGUCUGCAGCGGGAGCAGCGGGAUAAAGCAUCAGAAAUGGGACACCGCUUCCCAGGGAGGGCAGGGGAGCCCUGUGCAUUUCCUUGCCUGAACGGAGGACAAUGUGUUCAGUCGGAGUCAUGUGACUGCAGCUUGUAUCAGGCUACUGGACACAGAUGUCAGACAGUUCCAAAUUCUGGCUUUGAGAGGGAGAUGACAUGCAGGACGUGGGGUCAGUACAACUUUGAGACCUUUGACGGCCUCUACUACUACCUCCCAGGCCGGUGCACCUAUACUUUACUGAGGGACUGUGAGGAAACCACCCAGGCCAGCAUCGUUGUCCAGGUCCACAACGACCCGGCCUGUACGUCAGACCCCUACACUUGCCAAAGAUCUGUCAGCCUCUUCCUGCCAUGGGAGGGAGAAGUCAGGCUACAUGCCACCAAUGUGACCUUCAAAGGCCAAAGUUUGCAGCUGCCUCAUCACAUCCACGACCUGCAGCUGGAGCAGAUUUCACAGUACGUGCUGGUAACGCAGCAGCACGGCUUCACGCUGGCAUGGGAGGGACGAAGCGGCUCUGUCUACAUCAAGCUCAGUCCAGAGUUUGUGGGCAGAACUUGCGGCUUAUGUGGUAACUUUAAUGCCGACGUCCACGAUGACCUGAAGACGAGCUAUGGCGUGCUGACUCAUGAAAUUGAAAUGUUUGGGAAUAGCUGGGUAGAGACACAUCCACAUGAGGAAAGAUGUCCCAUGGUGCCUUCUGGCUUCCCUUCACCAUGUGCUACAGUCAAAUCUCAUGUUUUACUGAAGGUGGAGGAGGUGUGUGCAAUGCUGCUGGAUCCACCAUUUCAAAGCUGCCAUGACUUUGUCAGUCCGCUGUCCUACAUGGCCAGCUGCUCCAACGACCUCUGCAUGUCGGAUCCCAAUGGUGAUGUGGUAUGCCAGGUGUUCACCGAGUACGCCCGGGCAUGCGCCCAUGCUGACCACCCACUGCAUGAGUGGAGGCAGCACAUUCCUCAGUGUGUGAAGCAGUGUUCUCUAGGACUGCAGCACAGGGAAUGUAUCAGCUGCUGUCCGGAGUCCUGCAACCUGGAGCGAACGUGUAUUGACAGUAAGCUCGCCUGCCUGGAUGGAUGCUAUUGUCCCGAUGGUCUAAUAUAUGAGGAUGGAGGCUGUGUAAUGCCUUCUGACUGUCCCUGUGAGUACCACGGUAUGUUUUAUCCAUCUGGUCAGACGCUGCAGGAGGAAUGCAACACCUGUACAUGCGUGGGUGGAGUGUGGAACUGCACUGACUACAGCUGCCCAGGCGAGUGCUCGGUGACAGGCGACAUGUAUUUUCAGUCCUUUGAUGGACGGAUCUAUACUUUUCCUGCAACAUGCCAGUAUGUCCUCGCCAAGAGUCGCAAUUCAGCGAAGUUUACAGUAACCAUCCAGAACACCGCCUGUGGAGCUAAUCUGGAUGGGGCCUGCAUACAGUCAGUUAACCUGGUAAUUGAUGAAGAUCCAAGAACAGAAAUUACUCUGAGUCACAUUGGAGAGGUCUUCAUUGCUGGACAGUACCGCAUCUCCCUGCCCUAUUCUGAUGACCUCUUCCACAUCCAGGAGCUAUCAUCAAUGUUUGUCCAGGUGAGGACGGCGUUUGGCCUGCGUCUGGAGUACAGCUGGAAGGAGUUUCGCCUUUACCUGCAGGCGGAUGAGCUGUGGAAGGAUGACACCGUGGGGCUGUGCGGCACCUUCAAUGGCAACAUUCAAGACGACUUCCUAUCUCCAUCAGGUAUGAUAGAAAGCACUCCUCAGCUCUUUGGAAAUGCCUGGAAGGUUUCGUCUGCUUGUUUGUCCAGCCUGAGUACGCCUCAGCUUGAUCCCUGUGAUACACACCAGCAGGCUGUGACCUAUGCUUCAGAAAUGUGUGAUGUGCUGAAUCAGGAUCUGUUUGCUGCCUGUCAUGAGUACCUCAGUCCAACACCCUUCCAUCAGCAGUGUCGCUCCGAUACCUGUAAGUGUGGGACGCCUUGCCUCUGCUCGUCGCUGGCCCACUAUGCUCGCCACUGCCGUCGAUUCUCCGUCAUCAUUGACUUUCGAUCACAGAUAUCUGACUGUGCUGUCACCUGUCCUGCCAACAUGCAGUACGGCACCUGUGUGUCCUCCUGCCAGCGCCGUUGCUCCUCCCUCUCUGUCCCGCAGCACUGUGGGGAGGAGUGUGAGGAAGGUUGCGUCUGUCCUCUGGGUUCCUUCUACAAUCACCGAACACACACCUGUGUGCACAGGAGCGAGUGCCCCUGCAGUUUCCUCGGAGCAGAUUAUGAACCAGGAGAUGUGAUCAUGACUUCAGCAGGCGUUCAGCUCUGUCUGAAUGGUAGACUGGUGUCCCAAACACAAACAGGCACUGACAGAUUGUGUCCAGAAGGUCAAAUCUACCAGAACUGUUCAGAAGGGGAGGAUGGCCUCCUGCCGGGAAGGGGUGUGUCCUGUGAGCGCACCUGUGAGUCUUACCUGCUCAACCUCACCUGCUUAUCACACGAGCCCUGUCUGGCUGGAUGUGUCUGCCCGCCUGGGCUGCUGAAACAUGGAGAUGAGUGCUUUGAGCCCGCUGCAUGCCCCUGUCUCUGGAAAGGAAAAGAGUAUUACCCUGGCGACAGAGUCUCUUCGCCCUGCUACCAGUGUGUUUGCCAGCAAGGGACGUUCCAGUGUGUAUUUCAGCCGUGUCCAUCGUUGUGCACGGCUUACGGUGAUCGCCACUACAGGACGUUUGAUGGGCUGUUAUUCGACUACGUUGGAGCAUGUAAAGUUUAUCUUGUAAAGAGCAGUGCUGAUAUAAUGCUCAGUGUCACAGUUGAGAACAUCGACUGUUUUGACAGUGGAAUCAUCUGCAGGAAGUCCCUGCUGAUCAAUGUUGGAAGAUCCUUUGUCGCUUUUGAUGAUGACACUGGGAAGCCAAAUCCAUCCAGUGUGAUUGACAGGAAGCAGAUGAUGUUCAUCUGGCCAGCUGGGUACUUCACAGUGAUUCAUUUCCCAGAAGAAGACGUCACAGUCCUCUGGGACCGAAAGACUACAGUGCAUGUCCAGGUUGGACCUCGCUGGCAGGGGAAGCUGAGCGGACUGUGUGGGAACUUUGACUUGAAGACAGUGAAUGAGAUGCGAACGCCUGACAACAUCGACUCCCCAACACCACAGGAGUUUGGAAACAGCUGGACUGCAACAGAGUGUGUAAACAGUCCAGAUAGCAGACAUCCCUGCACUCUCAGUCCACUCAGAGAACCUUUUGCAAAACGACAAUGUGCUGUUCUGCUCAGUGAGAUCUUCCAAGCCUGCCACCCAGUGGUGGAUGUCACCUGGUUUUACAUGAACUGUCUAGCAGACACAUGUGCCUGCAGCCGAGGAGGCGACUGCGAGUGUUUCUGCACCAGUGUGGCGGCGUACGCCCAGCGUUGCUGCCACCAGGGUGUACCUGUGGACUGGCGUUCUCCUUCUCUAUGCCCGUACGAUUGUGAAUUCUACAACAAAGUUCUGGGUAAAGGUCCCUUCAGGCUCUUUACCUUCAGGGAUCGGACGACACUGUUGGCAGCCAGCAAAUCCAGUGGCUUUGUGUUCCUGCAGCGUGGCAACAUCAGCGACACCCCUGACAUCAUCUCGCUCUUCAUGAUGACACCUGGCCUCAGCAGAGCUCGACCACACGACACAUCACGAGUUUCCUUUGAGGCAGCUGACAGGCCAAACUACUUCCUGUCUGCAAGCCCCAAUGGCCAGUUGACGUUGGCCAAGUGGCAGGAGAGCGAGGCAUUCUGGGAAAGAGCCACCUUCAUCCUCCGCAGGAACACCUGGAUCCCAGGCUAUGACUCACUCGAGUCCCAUGCAAAACCCGGCUUCUUCUUAUAUGCUGCUGUACCUCGCCUCUACCUAAUCAAAUACAGACACUUGGACAGCUUCCGCAAGGCCACACUGUUCAAACUGUCAGGCCCAAACCCAGACACCCCACCAGCUCCUCGGUGUCAGUGGAGGUACGACGCCUGUGUCAGCCCCUGUUUCAAGACAUGCAGCGACCCGUUCGCUGAAGCCUGCAUCACCAUCCCACAAGUGGAGGGUUGCCUUCCUGUCUGCCCCCCACACAUGGUCCUGGAUGAGGUCACUCGUCGGUGUGUGUACAUAGAAGACUGUAUCAAGGUUCCAGUCGCUGUGCAGCCCGUUACACCAUCUGCUGCACAGCCAGCCUCUGCAGCUGCCACUUCUACAACCACUGCAAGUACUACUGCCUCCACCAGUACCUUUAAUACCACCACCUCCACUACUGCUGCCUCUGCUGUUCCUCCACACACUGCUCCCACAACCAAAAUCACCUCCACUGUUCCAGAGGCGAGUCUGCACACCAGCUCCUCAGAAACACCACCUGCCAUUAUCUCUCCUUCUGCAAGUCCUGAACCUUCCAGUACAAUAGAACCCCCAAUGCCUCCGGCAGUGCCCACUCCUGUGAGACCAGAGGUGGUGGAACCAUUGUCAACUGUCAAAGUGACAGUGGCUCCGCCCACUACUAUUAUGGGUACAACAAAAUGGAUGAGUGGACCGUUGAGCUCUGCUGUCAGUCCCUUUGGUCCCAGCACCUCUAGGACAAGUAGCACCUCUUUUACCAUGACACCCCUGUUGUGGCUCACUUCUUCCACCAAGUCCACGGAUUCCCUGCAGCCACUAUUCACCAUCACUCCUGUGACUACUGAGCCAGCAACCACCACUGCAGCUCCGACCACAACCUCUCUAGAGGGGACAACCACAAGCAGCACUCCUAUAGUUGUGCAGACCACAGAGGCCACAACACAUUCCACAGGGAUCGCUCCGAUCGUCACAGCUUCCAGCCCCAGUCCUGCUCUGGUCCCGGAAACUUCUGUAAUUACAGAAAAAUCUAUAGUUACCAGUACAACUAUCUCUGCACACACUGACACCAGAACAAAAUCUUCAACAGUGGAAGGAACUACAGUUACAACAUCCAUCACAUCUGGCUCACCAAGCACAGCCUUCACAACAGCUGCAGCUCUUCCAGCCUAUCCUUCUGUGGAAACAGUAACUACAGCUUUGCCAGAAAUCAUUUCAACGAAGAUGACGGAAUUAGUCACACCAGCUGCACCUUUUACUACUACUAGAACAACACCACACAUCAUAACACCAUCUGUAACCACAGAGAGGAUGUUGCACACCACCUCUACAGACCUGACAACGCCCACAACAACGGCUCCCAAAUUAACGACAACAACCCUCGCUCAUUUUGCACCAAGCACACACGUACCAUCUCCCUCUACCUCAGCUACUACAGAUUGGAGAACAAUCACAAAGAAAGUGUCUAUAACAGACUCCCCUGCAUCUGGCACAGCACAGGCUGAAACCACGACUGCUCCUUUGUCCAAAUCUACAGUCUAUACUGAGAAAACUUCCUGGUCUGCAGCUGCCCUGGUUACAGACAGAACGACCAUCACAAGUGCCACUGCAACCUCAAGACCUCCAGAAAUACCAAAAAUAUCCACUGUGUCCACAGUUCCUAUAAUCACGACAAACCUGAUAGAAACUACUCCUGUGUCAAAAUCCCCCAUUACUGAUAGCUCCACUGGUCCACCUACUACUAUUAGUACUUCAGAACCUUGGCGCCCCUCUCAUUGGCAGAGCUCCUCCACCCCAGUCUACAGAGCCACAGUGGAGACGACACCAGAGGUCAAAUCUGAAACUGUUGUCCAUGUGGUCGCGUCCACUGCAACUACCACAGUUCCUCACGUUCCACUAACAACUGAGCCAACUGUAACAUCUGCAACAUCAGCAUCGACACCUACCACUGCCCAAACCAGGACACUUCCUGAAAUAUCAACUGCACAAUUCAUAGCCACCACAACCAAAAAACUGGCUACACCCCUGCCUAUGCAUUCUUCCCCUGAGACAAAGCUUAUCACAGCAACUGCAAGUGCACCACCUACUGUUGCUACCACAACACAAAGACCUGUCAUUGUUCAACUGAUUACAGAGACAAUGCAUCCACUAACAGGCAGAGUCCAGGUGUCAACAACAUCUGCAACCACAUCCCGUCCAUCUUCAUCACCACUUGGCACUACUACUUCCACAGCACCUCCUAGGACAACAACUAUCCUGGACAAAGUCACCACCCGGCUGGUGUCCACUUCAAGAGCUACAUCCGCUCCGACAACUACCGUUAUCACACAGACGACCACCCUCAGGACAACACCCAGACUUCCUGUGACAACAAGAAUUACUCCCAGAACCACGUCGACUGAGCGUGCAACCAUCAGGCCAUUCACCGCUAGGGUAACAGUAGCAACAAGGCCAGCAGCAGUAACCACCAGAUCAACCACUGUCAGCCCACCAACUGUCACACCAAGCUCUGACACAACAACCACAUCAGAAGUGACAACUACAACCAUCACAACAUCAGCAGAGCCAGUUACCACAGCAAAAACAACCAAACCUCCUGACACAACCACAGCAGAACCCCACUCGACCACCAUAACUGCUCCACUGCCUCUUCCUACUUUAACUACACUCACAACAUCUACAGCUAUACCAACUUCAGUCCACAGAGAGUCAACCACAUCUGAGGAAACUUCAACAACUACAGAGACUGAUGUGUCACCAUCUGCAUCCCAACCGGUGACACCAGUGCCUGAUGUGGUGAGCUCCACCCAAAAACUCAGUAUUCCCACAUCUGCUACAACCUCCCGUCCAUCAGCCAUUAAAGUCCAAACAACUGUGCUGUAUAAAGUGGAUCGGACAAGUCCAAGUGAAGCAACAUCUCCAGCGCUGGCUUCUCCUCACACACCAGCGGAAACAACAUCUGUGACUUUAUUACCUACAAGGAUGUGCACGCCUCCAUAUGCAGAGAUCGUUGAUGAUUGCACCAAGUACAUCUGUGUCAACAACCAGCUCGUCCUGUUCAACAAAUCCCAGAGCUGCCCUUACACUGCCGACCCUCCGAACUGUGGCCUGCUUGGCUUUGCUGUCCUCGUAAAUGGAGACAAGUGCUGCCCUAAGUGGGACUGUCCAUGUCGAUGCACAAUGUUCCCUGAUCUGAACGUGAUCACAUUUGAUGGGAACAGCGUUGCCAUCUACAAGGCUGCCUCUUUUAUAGUGACCCAGCUGCCCAAUGAAACUGUCAGUGUUCUGGUUCAGGAGUGUCCCGCUGACUCACAGUCACCACUCUUCUGGAAUUUUACCAACUUGUGUCUGGUGGCACUCAACAUCACCCAUAAAUCCAACCACAUCAUUAUCAACAGGCUGCAGAGGAGGCUGUAUGUCAAUUCACGGUAUGCUAAACCUCGAUUCAAAAAGUACGGCUUUGAGAUUUACGACACAGGCAACAUGUACCUGAUCCGCAGCCCGGCCGGUCUUAAGUUACAGUGGUACCACAGUACAGGGAUGAUGGUCAUCGACACUGACAGCUCCAGCAACAAGCUGCCCACCAUGGGCAUCUGUGGCUUCUGUGAUGGAGACCCAUCAAACGACCUGAUUUUGGCAAAUGGGACCACAGUGGGUGAAAGUGAGGAUCCAGCUGUGUUCAUCGACAGCUGGCAGGUUCCCAAUACCACAAGUUACAUCAGCCACAGCCGCCGCCGUGAGCUCAACUGCUCUACCAGUGACUGCUCCAGCUGCUUCUUCAUGCUGCAGAACCAGGCCUUUACCCCCUGCCAUGCCUUUGUCCCACCCACCACGUUUUGUGAGGUUUGGGUACGAGACUCGGAGUAUGUGAACAACCAGUGUGUGGCUCUGGCUGCUUAUGUGGCUUCCUGUCACAAAUUCAAUAUCUGCAUUGAGUGGAGGAGUCCAAAUUACUGCCCCUUUGUGUGUCCCAAUACUCUGAGGUAUCAGGCCUGUCUACCAGCCUGCACGUCUCAGUCCUGCCCCAACCACGACUUUGAUUCUGAUCCAGAUCAGUGUUCUGGCCUGACUGAGGGCUGCGUGUGCCCUGAGGGAACGCUCCUUCACCGGCCAUACUCGGCACUCUGCAUCCCACCUGACAAAUGCGCCUGCACCGACAGCGGUGGUGUUCCUCGUGCACAUGGUGAGGUUUGGAAAGCCUCGAAGGAUGCCUGCUGCAUGUACCGCUGCGACAAUGACACCAUCGUUCCCGUGGAAUACAACUGCUCCAGCAUGGUGGCGCCUGCAUGCCGUCGAGCAGGGGAGGUGAUCAUCAGCCUGGCUGAUGACACCAGCUGUUGCCCACAAAAAGUCUGUGUAUGUAACCAGAGCCUGUGUGACCAGCUCCCUCCUGAGUGCAAAUAUGGGGAGAAGCUGGUGUCAUACUACAGACAGGACUCCUGCUGUCCAGACUAUGUUUGUGAAUGUAAUCCAGUGCUCUGUGAGUCAGACAUUCCCACCUGCAGAGACGACCAGAUUCUGAUUGCCACCAGAGCUGAAGGCAGCUGCUGUCUCGCCCACAUCUGCAUGUGUGCUCCCUGUGUGGAGACGCCUCCCCUCUGCCAGGAUGGUGAGAUUCUGACUGUCGACAGCAACACCACGGAUCGCUGCUGCCCCGCCUACCAGUGUGUGUGUGAGCCCUACAGGUGUCUUCAGCUCACUUGUCCUGUUGGGAUGUCAGUGGUUUCUGUGUCCAAUCCUGGUCACUGCUGUCCCAACCAAACAUGCGAGUGUUCCUGUGAAAAGAUUGCCUCCCCAAAAUGUGGCCUGGGGGAGGCUGCCCAGCUGGACCGGGCCUUUCUAGCCGAUCCACAGAACCAGUGUGCCUGCAAAAGAUACAAGUGUGUGCGUGAGGCUGUGUGUGUGUUUGGAGAGCGAGGAGUGUUGAGGCCCGGUCAGACUCUGGUUGAGCGUGGAGACGACGGUUUGUGUUACAGCCGGCAGUGCAGCCGCAGCCUUGACCCAGCAAGCGGCUUCCAUGUGCUCCGCACUUUCAGCGUCAACUGCUCUAACCAAUGCCAACCAAAUCAGAUCUACGUGCCUCCCAAAGACCAGUCGACGUGCUGCGGAGUCUGUAAGAAUAUUUCCUGCAUCUAUGAGCAUGAGAAUGGAACAACAGGUCUCUAUAAGCCGGGAAGAUCCUGGGUAUCAAACUGCAUGAAGUUUGACUGCACAGACACUGUGGCUGGGCCCACACUCAUCUCCUACUCCUUCAGCUGCCCUCCCUUCAAUGAAACAGAGUGUAUGAAGAUUGGUGGAACUGUUGUAAGUUACAUGGAUGGAUGCUGCAAGACGUGCAAAGAAGACGGAAAGUCAUGUCAGAAGGUGACAGUGAGGAUGACCAUCAGGAAGAAUGACUGCCGCAGCAACAGACCGGUGAACAUCGUGUCGUGCGAUGGAAAGUGUCCUUCCGCCAGCAUCUACAACUAUAACAUCAAUACGUAUGCUCGCUUCUGCAAGUGCUGCAGAGAGACUGGGCUGCAGCGGCGCUCUGUGCAGCUUUACUGCAGCAGCAACUCAACCUGGGUCAGCUACACUAUCCAGGAGCCCACUGACUGCUCAUGCCAGUGGUCCUAAACAUAGUGCAUCCCCACACUCACAUGCAAAUACAAACACACAUACACUGUGUGUUCAGAGCUACAUGAUUUAAACUCACAAGAUACAGAAGAAUAAAUGUCAGCUGUGUUAUUUUAGGAUGUUGGGCAAGAUGGAUACUGAGCUAUGAUUAGCAGGUUCAGCAUGAUUUAUGGAGAUUGUAUA